AAACGAUGCUACAGCUGAAUUUCUCAUAAAAGAGACAGUUUGGAUUUGUGUUAUUUAUCUUCGUCAAUACUUGUCAGAUCAAAAUAUUGCCUUGACAUUUGGUUUUACUAACUUAUUUGGCUGCCCAACAUGUUCGGUCGGAAGGAAGAAAAGCCUAAAAAGAGACGAACUCCCCGGGAGAAUUUAUCUCAAUUUGGAUUUAUGGAUAUGAAUGUUGAUAACAUGGGAAUGGAUGAUGAUGAUGGGGAUGACGAUGAUCUAGAGGCAGAACUUGCUGCUCUGACAUCGGGUUCUGCACCGAAGCCUAAGAAGGCUCGACCUAAGCCAAUACCUCAAGCAGAUUUAGACAAACUCGUCAAGGAAAGUAUCAAAGAUGUUGAUGAAGAAGAUGAUGAUUCAGUUGACGAAAAUGAUCCAGAUCUCUUGGGUGAGCUAAAUGAUUUGACUGGCGAUAAUGAAGAAGGUGAUGAAGCAUCUGAAGACUCCUCUGAAGAAGGGAAGCUAAGUAACCUUUUACCUCUUCUUGAAGAGAGAUUGAAGAUGUACCAGACUGCCGAAGCUAAUGCCAAAAGUGCUGGUGAAAUAUCUCGAGCUCGAAGGUUUGCACGGGGAUCAAAAACAAUUUUAGAUCAGCUGAAGUCCGUUAAAAAAGGGGGAACUGUUAAGGAGGAAGACAUUCCUCCACCUGUUGCAACUCGAGCAGGAGGCAGUGCCCCUCCACCUGUUCAGGCACCUGCUACGGAUGUCUCUGAACCAGAACCUGUUGUUCCAAUGCGACCUGCCCCCCCUCCUCCUCCUCAAGAGGACCAGACUUUGGCACCUGCAGAUGUUAAAACAGAGGAGUCGCCCAGUGCACCUGAAGAUGGAACCAGCUCCACUCAACCUGAGAAACAUGAAGAGAGUAGUGGAUCCCCUUCUUUUGACCCAGAAGUUGUUGCUAAGCUUGAGGAGCGGCGCACUCAGUAUCGUCAAGCUGCAGUAGCUGCCAAGAGAGCGGGAAACAAACCAGAGGCUUUGAGAUUUGCUCAAAUUGUAAAGCAAUUUGAUAUUGUUAUUGAGGGUGUAAAAGGAGGACAGCAUGCUGACUUGAGUGAGAUGCCACCACCUCCUUGGGAAGUGCAAGCUGCAGCUUCAAGUGUACCGAAACCAACUUGUGAAACAGCAGAGAAUCAGGCUUCUUCUGCUCCUGAACCGUCUCCAGUUGCUCCAGAAGCUCCAGAAGCUCCUACCCCUGAAGGUAGUAGUGCAAUGAGUCAAAGUCCGUCAAUUCCUAAGACUAUUAUGGAAGCUCUUGUUCAAAGACUUGAGCUUUACCAGAAACAAGAAGCAGCUGCCAAAGCUGAUGGUAAUUCUAGGAAAGAACGCCAAAUGGGCCGCAUAGUGAAACAGUAUCAGGAUGCCAUCAAGCGUCACAAAGCUGGCAAGCCAUUUGCUGCUGAUGAAUUACCUUCUCCUCCUGGUUACCCACCCAUUCCAAUUCCUGGAGGCAGUGGAUCCAGCGCUGCAGACCCCACUCCAGCCCCAGCUCCCUCAGUUACACCUCCGACUCCGGCGGCUCCAGCUAGAUCAAAUACACCGCCCCGUCAACCAGAGGAGCAGAAGAGCGGAGGUCAAGCUCCGCCUAGUCCCAUUCCCUCAGGAUCAGCGCCAAAGGCCAAUGUUCGCAAGUCGCCAGCCUCUCGCCAGGAGAAACAAAUGGCCCUCUUGGUAGAGCGACAAAAAGAUUUCAAAGUUGCCGCCAUGGAAGCCAAAUCUAGGGGUGAACUCAACCAGGCCAAGGAGUAUCUACGACUCUCUAAAGGAUUUGAUAAAUUAAUUGAAGCAACUCAAAGUGGGCUUCCAGUAGAUUUGAAGACACUUCCUGUUCCUCCCAAGGCUAAAGUGGAGCUUGAAGCUGAUUUUGACAUAAUUUCCACUGAAGAUUGUGUUGCUGGUACUGAUGAUGAAAUAUAUGAAAAGUUGGUUCAAGAUCUUCAGAAACAAGUGCAGACUUGCAUGUCUACCAGAGACCAUUUUAAAGCUAUGGGAGAUAUUGCUAGUGCUAAUCGGUUUGAAAAUAUGGCUGUACAUUCAAAGAAAGAUAUGGAUGCUGUGAAACAUGCCUUCAGACGGAAAGAUCCUAUUCCAAAAUUCCAUUAUGAAACAAGGAAAUUCAGCAUUGUCCAGUGCUGUACUGACUUGAUGGAUAAUGAUUUAGAACUUACCAUUGUUCAAGGAAUUAAUUACAAUGUUCCAAACCCUAAAGAUGUGGAUACAUAUGUUCGAUUUGAACUGCCAUGGCCCAGUGCUGAAGAGCCUCAGAAAGAUAGAACAAAUCUUGUUAAAGAUACAAAUAAUCCUGUGUAUGAUGGUAAAUUCAAUUUACAAAUUCAAAGGAAUGUCCGAGCAUGCCAGAGAAUAUUCAAAAGACAUGGAAUUAAGUGUGAAGUGUGGUCGCGAGGGGCAUUCCUGAUAUCUCUCUGUUGUGGGGCUCCAAAUUCAGAACCUAGUGGAUUCUUCCGAAGUGAUACACUAAUAGGAACCGCCACCAUCAAACUUCAGCCACUAGAAUCAAAAUGCAUUAUUCAUGACUCUUUUGAUCUGAUGGAUGGGCGGAAGGCUGUUGGCGGCAAACUAGAAGUCAAGAUUCGCCUUCGGAAUCCUAUUGUUUCCAAUCAAGUCGAAGACGUAACUGAGAAGUGGCUUAUUAUUGAUCGUAUUUAGAUACUUUUAUCCCAAAAAGAAGAUAAUUCUAUAAAGUGAUAAUUUUUUACUCAUGUUCUUUGAUUAAUGCUUGAACAGCUUUUAUUGAUACUUGUGACUACGUAGCUGCAUUCCCUCCUUUUUUUUGUCAUUGACCUUAUGGAAUUUUAUUAUUGCUUCAGUAAAGUUCUCUAUAUUCUUGUUAAUUUGUUCAUAUUUAAAUUCUUAAGUGUACAUGUGAUGAUCUUACAGUCAAAUUGUAAGAACUUGCACUGUUGUACAUCACAGAAAGCUGCUGAGUAAUGUUUUGUGAAAAGGACAUUAUUUUAGUUGAAAAUAAAUAAUAUUGAUUACA